AUGGUGGCCUCGAUGCUUGCGGGCUAUGAAUGCCUUCAGUUAGCCAAGUCGACACAUGUAGCUCUUCCUUUGGCACUCGCGUACCACUGCGGCCAAGCAUUCCGAUGGAGACAAGUUCAUGUCUGUCCCGAUCCACAUGGUCCCUCUUACGUCGAAUGGUCAUUGUGCAUUCAUAAUCGCGUCGUCUUUCUCGUGCAUGAUGUGGACGAGCACUGCCUAUAUUAUCGCACAGUUCAAGCAAGUGGCUCUAUGAAGAGCCAUGAUACAGGAGCAUGGUUAUGGGACUAUUUAAAUUUGAGAGCGCCCACGUCAACGUGGUACCAAGAAUGGUGUCAGCGCGAUCCCAUUUUUGCUAAACAUGCUAAACGUUUUGCAGGUGUGAGCAUUUUGCGUCAGGAUCCUUGGGAAUGCAUGUGUGCCUUUAUAUGCAGCUCCAACAACAACAUCCCGCGAAUCAGUCAAAUGGUGCAUAAGCUGUGUGAUCAUUUCACGGAGCCAGUACUGCAUCAUACAUAUCCGCCAGGCUCCCAUCUCUGUACCUCCAUGAGUCCUGAAAAGAAUGGACUUCAGAUCGAAAGCACGGAGCCACUCCAUCUAACGUACCAUCCAUUCCCAACGCCUUCGCAGCUGGCUGCACCCGGCGUCGAGCAGAAACUACGUAAUCUAGGUUUUGGAUACAGGGCCAAGUAUCUGACUGGAACAGCUCAGGCACUUUGUGCACUUGCCAAGGAGUCUCUGGCGGCCGACGAUACAAAGCACGCGCACAUUGAUCAAGCAGUGAAUGACUAUUUACUAUCUCUUCGAACUAAAUCCUAUUCGGACGCCAGGGAGGCAUUAGUUCAGCUACCUGGUAUUGGACCCAAAGUGGCAGAGUAUGUUCGUCCAUGCUGA